UUACACCACGAUUCAUAAAGAUAUGAUUUAUGAGAGAAACAAUUGGAUUAAUGACUGAAACGCGAUCGUAAAUUAAUAUCGGGGAUGUAAAAAUAGAUUGUAAGUAAAAUUGUGUCAAAUAUUGGUGAAAAUUCUUUCGGAAUAUCCACCAAUCGAAGCGAUCGGGACUCGGUGGUGGGGGGUUCGAGUAACAGCUGACAAUCUAAACACUGACUCCGUUAGACAUCUUGAUUUUCGUACGGGUUUCGCUUGAAAAGAAACGUCGUUAUUAAAAUGACAGAAACGUAGUGGCGUAUACAAGGUGAUCGAUUGAAAAAGUGUCGGGGUCCUUAUAUUUCGUGGGGAGGUUGUCGGGCACUGUCAAAACAGUAGCUUAUUUUUUAACCAAGUGACGUCAUGACAUUGCGUCUUGGACCGUCUACGGAUUUCUAGUGAAUGUGAAGAAAAGUAUAUGUUUCAAUUUUACCUCGAUAUGGAUACAGCGUUAUAUGUUUGUGUGAUAUUAGAAGCCCAUUAGUUCAAAAUGUUUAUGGACGAUCCUAAACGUAUAUGGCGGACCGCCUAAUGUUAAUUUUGCAUAAAUCUUCCAUUACAAUUUAUAAAAUCCAUCCAAAUUUAAAAAAAAUUAUCAAGAAAACAAAUCGAAAUAUGAAUACAAUUGAAACAAAUUGCUCAAGUUGCUUUGAAGAAGAACAACAGGAGCAACAAAAUGAACCUGAAAAAUAUACGCACAAUUUAGAAACUUCCUCGGAUAUAAACACCGUUUGGUCAAAGGAUACAUUUAGUAACAAUAAUAGUAAUAAAAAACCAGCCAAACACGAAAUAAGCUUAAAAAUGGGUUGGAGAAAUCAAACGGGGGAUGUUUCCGGGGAAGAAAACUUAACGACAACGGGUGUUAAUAUCAUUAAUAAUAUCAAAGAGAAAGACGGAGAGAAGGAAGAGAAAAAAUGUCCUGCUGUGAGUACGCCAACGUCUCCAAUAGUACUUGAAAACGAGGGAGCUUCUCCGGCGCAUCACGCUCGUCGGCCAAUGAACGCUUUUUUAAUUUUUUGUAAGAAACAUCGGCCAAUUGUAAGAAAAAAGUUUCCAAAUUUGGAAAAUCGAGGGGUAACAAGAAUCUUGGGGGAAUGGUGGGCGAUGUUGGAUAAUUGUGAUAAGGAACCAUAUCAGGAUUUAGCAAAAGAGUAUAAAGAUGCAUUUUUCUCUGCGAAUCCAGGAUUUAAAUGGUAUAAGCUGCCAGCACCGCCUUUAAGAACGUUGGUAACGCGACCGGGAAGCGUUCAAAAGGAACCUUUACUGCCUCAUCAAUGUUCGACGACAACUUUAUCCACAAAUCAAAGGCACGAAUCCGAAUUUACACCGGGCAAAUUAGCCGACGAGUCUCAAUUGGGGAACUUAACCUCAUUAAUGCAAUCCACUUUUGGAAAGCGUUUCGAAAACAGUUUAGAAGAUCAACAUCCGGAAAGUCCUCCAAACGUAACGGAUGAUCCAAAUCCGGCUGUGGUACCAUCAAAACCGAUUAAAAAACGAAAAGACUUCGAGAUGGACACCAAAAAAAUUGUGAGAAAUAUUUUCGAAACUACAAAGAUAUCGAAUAUAUCGAACAUAUCGAGUGUUGACGAGAAAAUUAGUAAUCAAGAAUUAAUGGAUAAAGUGGUUGAAAAUAUGAUUUUAAAUCAAAGUUUUGUGCCUCAUUUGGAGUCAUCGAAUGGUGGUGUUGAUAGUAAUAAUCUAUUAAGAGAACCGAGAAAAUCGGAGCGAUCUUGUAAAGGAUUAAAGUAUAUCGAAUUUAUGUCUAACGGAAAAUUACUGAAAAAUAAACGCGAAAAACAACAAUUUCAAACAAUCCCUGACAUUGUCACCUUUAAAAAAGACGAAGAAAAACUAGAAAAACUCGAUUUACAACAAACGAUUCGUCGCUUAGCCGAAAGGACCAACAAAACUAUUCCCGACUUCACACAUAAUCAUAAUCUCAACAACCAUAAAGAAAAAGAAAAAAAUUGUCGCCCGCAAAGAAUUUACACAAACUCCGAGUCGUCUUCCGAAGAAAAUUUUUCCUCGAAAAGUGAUUUUAACCUCGAGGAUCGUAUCUCGGGCUUACCCACUCUAAAUUACGACGUUUACAUGCAAAGAAAACGUGAGAGUAAAAAACGAAAGUUACCAAAAACUAAACAGAAUGCGUCCGGGGUUGAAGCGAAACACCCAAAACUCCAAAGUGUCGCUUCCAGUCUUAAUAAUAAUAACAAUAAUAAUAAUAAUAAUAUCUUGAUUGGAUCGCAAAAACGGAAAAAUAAAAGAAGCAUAACUCAUUUGGGUAUGACGAAUGAUGAAAAAGUUAAUAAUAAUAAUAAUAAUUUGGUUCCAACUGAUUUGUCGGGUCUUACAACUCUCGCUGAAAUUGCCGCUAACUCACAAAAGAUCAAUUGAGACAAGUAUUAAAUAUUAUUUAGUGAUAAGAAAAGAAUAUAUUAUUAUUACCAUUUUUAUUCACAUUGUUUAUUGGAUAUAUUUUGGAGACGUUGUGCACAAAAAUGGUUAAUAAUAAUAAUGUAAGUAAUAUUCCUGUGCCUAUAUUUACUCAUAAGGAUGUUUUUUUUGCACUUUUUGUUUUAUCUCUAUUAAUUUAAUAUUGUUUUUAUCAACAGUUUUAUUGUUUAGUUUAAUUUUACGAUUAUUAUUAAUUUGUUAUUGUUGUUCCAUAAGUUUAAAAUCAAAAAUUUGAAAACCUUUGAAAACAUCACGUUAGUUAAAAUUGACGUAUUAGGCUCACUUGGUAACCAUCUGUAACAUCCUGAUAACUGUAGUUUAUCAGGAUGUUGCUAAUAGUGAGUCUUAAUUUAAUUAAAGUUUACAGGGUGAUUAAAAAAUAAUCGACAAGAAUAUUUUUAGACACAUUCAUAUUAAAAAAAUAAGGCCAAAUAUUAUUAACAUACGAACGUUUUGUUUUUUAUUAUUUUUUAGUCAGUAUGUUACUGGAACCAAAUCAAACUGCUAGUUUUUUUUUUGUAUAAUUUUAUUUUAUAAGUGUUAACUGUACAGAGACAAAUAUUUACUAUUAAUUAUUACUAAAAAGAUGAGAUAAAAAUUUAUUGAAUGUUAUGAUAUGCAAUAAUUUUUAAGAUUAAAGUAGAUAUUUUAUUACAAAAAAGUAAUUAUAUGUAUUAAAAAACAAAAUUGUUGAUCUGAUUGGGAUCUAGGAAUAUUCUAAUAAUUUUAAUUAUUAUUAUUAUUAAAAAUUUAAACUUCUUAGUCAUUAUCUAUAUUUUAACGAUCAGAGUAGGUUUGUUAUUUACAUACAUAAAGCAUAAACACCCUCUUUUAAUCAAACACACACACACACACAAGAGAAAGGAAAAUUGUAAUUUUGCACUUUAAUUACGAUUAAGUACUACAAUGUGUUGAUUAAAAAAACAAAAUGUUUUCCGAUAAUGUCUUAAACUGCUCUUUUUGUUCGUUGACAAAUUUGAUUGAGAGGAACCCACGUUGAAUAGAUUAAAAGUGUUGGAAUGAAUGCGCGCGUAGAAUUCUAAGACGACAGUUAACUGUACAAAAUGACCAAAAAGAUUUUUAUCAUAAGAUAUAAGCCUUAUAGUCAUUGAUAGUCAACGUACCUAUUUACUAUUAAUUAAACAAAAUCUUACAAUUAGUUAGUGAUCGAAUCGAGUUGUAAAUUUAAAAUUAAAUUUCAAGUUAGAAUCAGGAUGAAAGAAAGUAACUUUCUCUGUUGAGUGACCAAUUAAAUUUUAAACACUCCCGCAAUAACAAUAUAAUUAUCAUAAUAUUGUUACAAAAACAAAUAGUUUUAUAGGGUCUUUUCCGUGGUCUGAUAAUUAAUAUUGGGGGGGAAAAAUCAGCAGUGAAAAUGAAAGAAACACUCUUGGAAUUGGUGUGGACACAAAGGGUGAUGAUAUGCAACAGAAUGUGAUAUUUUAUUUUUGUAUCGUGAGCAGGGAAAUGAAAAUAACUUUAUUUAUAUAAAUAUACAUAAAAAAGUAAAUAAUUAAAGUCAAAAGAGAGAAUUAAAACCAUGUUUAAAAGAUUUAACGAUGAGAAAAAAAUCUAAAUAACUUUAUAUACAUAGAUGGUGCCUUUUUAUUUAUUUUUUAAAUGAUUCUGAACGUUAUGCCUUUUUAGUAAUACAAAAUAUAUAGGAGUUUACCUGACGUUUCUAAUUAAAAUAAAAUUAAUAUUUUAACCAAACUUU